AUUAAGCUGCCCCUCAUGUUACAGAAUAUUAAUAUGUGGAGAAUGGUUCAGAAAAUACAUCACACUUUUGGGAAGAAUCUUCUCCUGGCUAAUACACUCAGUUCUGGAGGAUUGCUGGUUGUAGGGGAUUUAAUCCAACAAAGACGGGAAGGACAUAAAUUUGAUGUUAAUAGAUGUUUACGAAUGUGCACAGUUGGAUUAAGUCAGGGUCCUCCACAUCAUUAUUUUUACAUUUUGCUGGAUAAAUACCUUCCAGGUAGAACUGGAAAAGUUGUAUUCAAGAAGAUUAUGUUCGAUCAAAUAUUUGCAGCACCAUUUUUCGCCAUCACAUUCAUAUAUGGUGCUAGUUUGUUAGAAGGAAGAUCUUUAGGCUAUUGUUGGGCUGAAUUUAAGACCAAGUUUCCGACGAUAUAUCUGUUUGAUUGGUUAAUCUGGCCUCCAACUCAGUUUAUCAACUUCAGCUAUGUACCUCCCCAAUACCGUGUACUGUACGUGAAUAUGGUGACCGUUGUCUGGGAUGUUUUCCUAUCUUACAUAAAACACAGGGAUGAAAUUGUAGAAAAUAUUGAACGAAAAGACAAGAACUGAAUUCUUCAAUUCGUGUUCACUUCUCACAGCUGAACUUGGAGUGGGAUGUAACAAGUAGUAACCCCUCCUUCUCGAAGGAAUGAUCGGAUUCAUUCUACAUGCAUUCCAUAUCUUGUCUUAAUCUGUAUUUGUACCAAGACCAACAAACAAUUUAAAGUUAUAUAGGCGGCUUUAGGGGGGUUGGGGGUUGCAGCAGUCCAUUACCCCCCAUGAUUAAAAUCAAAAUUUAGUUUAGGAAGGGUUGCUUUUCAUAUGAUUACAAGACUUAAACCCCCUAAUUUAAGGGGAGGGGGGGUUGCAGCAGUCCAUUACCCCCAUGAUUGAAAUCAAAAUUUAGUUUAGGAAGGGUUGCUUUUCAUAUGAUUACAAGACUUUAACCCCCUAAUUUAAGGGGAGGGGGGGUUGCAGCAGUCCAUUACCCCCAUGAUUAAAAUCAAAAUUUAGUUAAGGAAGGGUUACUUUUUAUAUGAUUACAAGACUUUAACCCCCUAAUUUAAGGGGAGGGGGGGUUGCAGCAGUCCAUUACCCCCAUGAUUGAAAUCAAAAUUUAGUUAAGGAAGGGUUACUUUUUAUAUGAUUACAAGACUUUAACCCCCUUAUUUACCAAACUUCGUUAACCAUAAUAAAGUCAGCCUAUAACAGGUUGUUUUAUUGCUCUAUUAUGAUGAUAAUUUGUAAUAUAUUUGAAAAAUCGG